AUGCACGCCCUCUGGGUCUGGGACGAGCUGCACAAGUUCAACCUUGAAAUGGCCGCCAUGGAAGCCGCCCUGUCCAACGCCAUCAGCGUGGCCUGCAAUGCUGGCCGCCCGGUCAUUGACGAGCCGUGGAUGCCGGUCCUCGUCGACAAUUUCUGGCCCAUCAAGAGUCGCGCCCGCGAUGUGCAGCGCAGGUGUCUCGAGUACGCCCGCCUGGCCAAGACACUGGACGCGGACAAGCGAGUCCGUCACGCUGCAUGGGCCGCCACGCGCGCCACCGCCACCGCCGCCCUCGACACGAACAAUGUGGACGAUGCUGGCCCUCAUGGCCGUACCGUUGGUGUCCAUGUGGUCGCUGACACGGACGCCGGGGCCGAUGCCAAUGCGGAUGCGGAUGCAGGCAGCCGUGCGGGCGUGGUUGCAGAAGAAAAGGACGUAACGACAAAGAACGACGCCGACAAAAAGGACAGCAAACCAGGUUUCGUCCGAUUUGCAAUGCUACCGACCGAACUACGACUCAUGAUCUGGGAAGCGGCCACCAUGCCACCACCCUGUGGCCAUGUCAUGGACAUCACCAAACCUCCCAAAACGGAUUACGACGUCGCCAUGGCCCUCGACAUGUUUCCCGAUGCAGGCCUCUGGCGGGCCUGCUCUCAGUCCCGCAAAGUGAUGCGGCGGGCCUACCGCAAACAGGCCGCCUAUUUCAACGAAUCGGACGAGUGGGGCGAGCACCCGUACUGUGCCGGCGACAGACAAAACGCAGCCAGCACACUAGCCGAGCGAGACGAGGAAAAGGUGUACGACCGGUUCGCCCGGAUGGCGCGGCUCGUCCGCACGGUGGAGAAGGCAGUGGAGUUUCUCAUAUCGGACGUGGAGCAGUUUAUGGUGAGCACCAAACAGGCCGUGCACGAGACGCGCAGAAUCGUGCAGCCGCUUGUAGACAAGGACACGUUUGCGGAAGCCUUUGACCAGAGCUUGCGGCCACAGUCGCUGCACCAGUACAUCCCGCUGUGGCGGUUGCUACGGAUUCGCCAGGACAUGUGCCGCGACAGGUGGACCUUUGACAGCCAAAACUUUCACGACUAUGACGAGCAGUACGGCAGUACGGUGGUGGAACAGGAGGCGAAGCAGGUGGAGAAGGAAGACGAGAAAGAUGUGGAGGACGCUGUAAACGACACGGUGGAUGACACCACGAAAAGAAAUUUGUUUGACCCUGGCAAAGUAUUCACAAUUCGGAUAAAACGCAAGACCGGGCCGCAAUAA